AUGGAAGUGGAUCAUCAUUAUCACACUGUUGUUCUGUGCCGUCCUGUCAUCACCUCUGGCCCAGGGCAGCCCUCCUUGGAAGGAGUCCCCUCCCAAACGACCUGCCAUCAAGAACCCCGCUCAGCCGCCGCCCCCUCCUCCUCCCGGCUCCUCCACAACCGGCUGCUCAAGGAUCCCAUCGCCGCCGCCGCCGCCGCUUUCCCCUCAUGGAGGAGGCGGCGAAGGAAGCCGGCCGGAAGUCAACGGCCGCUAACGGCCGCGGCCGCCAUGACGGCCUCAGCGGCGGAGCGAGCCACGGCGCAUGCGCAGCCUUCCGAGCCAGGAUCCUCUCCAUCUAUAGCGCACUCUUUUCCUCUCUGCCCCGCAGGCCGGGUCCCCGCCAAGACCCUGAGCAAGCAGCAGCGUCGCAACCUGGCCAAGCAGGACCGCAAGCACCGGGCCUGGCAACUCCGCCAGCAGCGCAAGGAGGUGGUAUUGGAAGAGAAGAGGAAACUGGGGCGCAAGGACGCACCCCCACACCUGGUGGUGGUGGUGCCGCUGCACUCCAGCGUCACUCCCCAGAGUGCCUUGAGCCUGUUUCGGAGCAGCAAGGCUUCUGCUGUGUACCAAACUGAAACGGGCCCACCUGGCUUUGCCUUGCUGUGUCCCCGCUCCAAGCUGCGGUGGCGUUUUGUGGUGGCUGAUACAGGAAACCUUCACACCAUGCUGGACCUUGCCAAGGUGGCUGAUUCACUCCUUUUCAUGCUGGAUCCUCUUGAGGGCUGGGAUGUGGCUGGUGAUUACUGCCUUUCCUGCAUCUUUGCCCAGGGCCUCCCCAGCUACGGCCUUGCAGUCCAGGGUCUAACUGACCAGCCCUUGAAAAAGCAACUUGACUGCCGGAAGAAGCUGAGCAAGGCCAUUGAGAAGAGGUUUCCGGAGACCAAGCUCUUUCCCCUCAACACAGAGCAGGAGUCUGCUCUGCUGCUGCAGCACCUUGCCGACCAGAAGCAGCGGCACCUGGCUUUUCGGGACCGGCGGGCCCAUCUGCUGGCGGAGGCUGCCGAGUUCGUGUCUGGCUCAGACAGCACCUUGGUGGGGACGCUGAAGGUGUCUGGCUACGUGAGAGGGCAGAGCCUGAAAGUGAACAGCCUGGUGCACAUCGUGGGACAUGGGGACUUCCAGAUGAGCCAGAUAGAUGCCCCGCGUGAGCCUCUUUCAUUGAACCCCAGGCUCCCCACAAGGUAUCCGGGGAGCAUGGAGACCCACGAUGACUGCAUUGCGCCUCUCGAUGAGAUGGAAGCUGACGUGCAGGUGCUGUGCAAAGCAGAUCCCAGCAAGCGAGAAUCGUUGCAAUCGGAAGCGGAGCUGGAUCCCAUGGACGGAGAACAGACCUGGCCCACCGAGGAGGAGCUGAGGGAGGCGGAGGAGUCUCUUGAGCAAAAGAAAAAGACAACCAAGAAAGUCCCUAAAGGCACUUCCGCCUACCAGGCAGCCUGGAUCUUGGACGAGGAGGAGUCUCAGAAUGGUAGCGAGGAGGAAGAGGAGGAGGAAGCAGAGAACAAGGCUUUGGCAGAAGAGGCCAUGUCCCAGGACGGGAGUGCCAGCGAGGAAGAGGAAGCUGCCUCGGAGGAUGAAGAAGGUGAGACCAUGACGCUCCCAGAAAUGGAGCAGGAGGAGGAGAUGGAGGAAGAGGAGGCCAUGCUGGAAAAGUACAGGCAGCAGCGGCAGGAGGAGAUGUUUCCUGAUGAGGUCGACACCCCCCGGGAUGUGGCGGCCCGGAUCCGGUUCCAAAAGUACAGGGGCUUGAAGAGCUUCCGGUCCUCCCCCUGGGACCCCAAAGAGAACCUGCCCAGGGACUACGCCCGGAUCUUCCAGUUCCAGAACUUCUCCCGGAUGCAGAAGCACCUCCUCCGGCAACUGGAGCGAGAGGAGUACGAAGGAGCCGAGGUCGGGUGGUACGUCACGCUUCACGUCUGCAACGUCCCCGUCUCUGUCAUGGAGCAUUUCCAGCAGGGGCGUCCUCUGGUGCUCUUCACGUUGCUUCCCUACGAGCAGAAGAUGUCUGUGCUGAACCUCCUGGUGAGACGCCACCCUGGUCACAGCGAGCCCAUCCAGUCUAAGGAGGAAGUGAUCGUCCACUGUGGAUUCCGACGCUUCCGGGCUUCCCCACUCUACUCUCAGCACACCUCAGCGAACAAACACAAGCUGGAGAAGUUUCUGCGACCCGACGCUGCCGUGGUGGCCACCAUCUACGCCCCCAUCACUUUCCCACCUGCUGCCGUGCUGCUCUUCAGACAGAAAAGUGACGGAGCGCACAGCCUCCUGGCCACAGGCUCCUUGCUCAGCGUAGACCCCAACAGGCUGGUCAUCAAGCGGGCGGUGCUCAGUGGCCACCCGUUCAAGAUCCAUAGGAAGCUGGCUGUUGUGCGCUACAUGUUCUUCAACAGAGAGGACGUGCUGUGGUUCAAACCUGUUGAGCUCCGGACCAAGUGGGGUCGGCGGGGGCACAUCAAGGAGCCCCUGGGGACCCACGGCCACAUGAAGUGCCAGUUUGACGGGCAGCUGAAAUCCCAGGACACGGUGCUGAUGACCCUCUACAAGCGGGUGUUCCCCAAGUGGACCUAUGACCCUCACGUGCCUGAGCCGUGUGGGAGGGGCGGCAGCCCCCCGCCUUGCCAGGAGGAGCAAGCAAUGGACUAGAGAGCCCUGCCUUCGGCCUGCCUCCCUGGUAUUUAUUGCCAAGUGAAAUAAUCUUCCAAAGAAAAGCCUUGCUGUCUGGAUUGUUUCGGCCUGGAGCAUGGUGGCGGGGGCACCCCUGGGGAUCUCCGAGGGACCUCCAGAGAGAGAGGCCAGUUGGGGGCAGAUUCCUCCCAGGUGAGAUGGAGGGGGGGCAGAGAGAGGGAGCAAACAAACAGGCCAAACCCACCUAUCGGCCCCUGGGACUUGCUCGUAUUCCAUUGGGUUCUCGAGGGAAUGGCUUUGGUGGGUGUGCAGCACUGGGGAGGUUUGCUCUGUGAUGAAGGACAUGGAUUUCCUCAGUGUGUCAUGUGAGCGGGCAAGUUUUGCUGUGGAGGCUCCCAGAGGUAAAAGCUUUCAGGGGUCACAUUACAUUGGUUGUAGUUUAUUUUUGUUGCACUGAGAGGCCGUGGGCUCGCCAUUUAAAAGCAAGACUUGCAGCAAAGAUAUCUGGGUUUUAUCAAAGUAGGAAGUAUGGUGCCAUUUUCAAACUCCCCCCCCC